AUGGAAGGAAUGGCAUCAAUAGCGUUGUUACCAGAUGGGUCAAUCUCGGGUCAUUUUGUUCAUCUUCCCGAGUCCGUUUGUUACGACAUUCAUGGCACUGAGAUAGCAUGUGAAAGGGAAUGUAGCAGGGGUGAAGACUACCGUUUGAGCAAGAAAGAAAGGGAUAUAGUGGUUGAACGAAGAGGCCAUGAUGUUGAACGCUUAUGUAACAUUGAUCAUGCACAUGGAUGGGAGAAGGAUGUGGUUAGUUUAGUUGCCAAGAAGCAAGAGAAUAUGAAGAUUACAAUUUCUUUUAAGUGUGAAACGCUUAAAGCCGAUGAAGUAGCAGAAGGGCAUAUUAGGCAGUUCAUGCCCAAAUUAACUGGAUUGGAUGUUGUUGUUAAUAUUGGGAAGACGAGUAUCACAGGUUUGGACUUUAAAGCAGAAGUGGGAUGUGUGGAGCUAAGUUCCUAA